CAAGACACUUGCCUAGGGUGGCAUUUUUCAGGGGGACAGCACCUCCCCCCAGAAGAAAGGAUGAAAGAAGGUAUAUACACACACCAUAGCAACCAGGUGGGAUCCGAGAGAGGCUAUGGGCUGCUUGAUGGUGUAUGUAGAGCCUGACUCUCAUUCCUGGGGAUGUCCGGAGCUGUGAAGAUGAGUGUCUUUCUCUCUAUCACCAGGAGGGGUAGUGGAAAGCUUUCUCCGCAGAAGGGGGGGGGUGUUGGUCGGUGUCCGUGGGGGCAGAUGAUUUUUGUGUUGCCUAGAGC